UCAAGUAUAGUAAAUGGAAGCUGUACUUGCUUCCUCACCAGUGUGGUACCAGUCAAGGGCAUGUGAUGCAACAGAGAGCGGAUAUUUUGCAUUUGCAUCAAGGAGUCUAGUGUAUCUGCUUGAUAUACGAGGCACAGCCCCACGCCACUAUGGUAUAUUGAGUGGCCAUGAAGAAAGAGUAUCAACCUGCUCGUUUGGUGUGAAAGGUGCCAACGGUGAGCCUUACCUCAUUUCAGGUGCUGAUGAUGGUUUUGUUAAAUGUUGGGACAUUCACACCAAGAAAGCAGUAAAGGCACAUAAGUCGCAUGGAGCGUUUAAAGUUGUGUGCCUGCACUGUUCACCAGCAUCCAACAACCUAGUUGUGUCUGGUGAUGAAAAAGGAUUUAUCGUUGUAUGGAAUGUGGAUAGUGAUCAAACAAAGAGAUUUAUGCCGGAUGGUGGAGUCCAACAGAUGCUGUCAGCUAUCACUUGCUCUCAUCAUCACAGUAACUUGGUGGCAGUAGGGUACAAGUCUGGUGCAGUUUCAAUUAUUGACAUUCGGAAAAAUGGGAACGUAAUUCGUAAACUUCGUGGCCAUGGUAAUGAAAUACAUUCCAUUGUAUGGUCAGCGUCACCAAGUGAAGAUAUCUUUGUUUCAAAACUUGAUUCUCCCAACAACCAGACUGUUAAUGAACAUGACAGUUUCCAGAGCAUUGUGGUCACAAGUAGCAAAGAUAGAACGUUACGUUUGUGGAGUUUAUCGAAAGGAAAAUGUAUUAAAAUAAUCAAGUUGCCUUCUAAGCCAUCAAAAGGACGUCGCAUCAGUGAAGACAGCAGUCGCCUAUACGUUGCACUACACUGGCCUAAAUCAUUACGUUCAAAGUUUCUUUCCUGUUCAUACAAUGGAGAUAUUAUUCUAUGGGAUGUUUCAAUGGCUGAAAAAGAACAAUAUAAGAUCUUAUCCCAUAGUGCAACAGAAUUGGGCCAUCAGAGAAUAGUUUUCAACAUUUCAAGUGGAUUGGAUCCCACCAAAAACAUCAUCACUACAUCUAUGGACAGGUGUAUCAAGUAUUGGUCACUUGAAGAACCAGAUUCACCACCCAUAUGGAGUUUACCAACUUUGGGUGGAUUUGUGUAUGCCAUGAAAGUUUCCCCGAUUGAUCCGACUGUGAUUGCUCUUGGCAUCGGAGACGGAGUCAUCCGCAUUUGGAGGACGAGUAAUCCUCGGAAUCCAUUUGACAUCACAUCCUUGUGGCAGGGGAUCAAAGAAAAGGUGAUGUCUCUUGCUUGGCAUCCAACCAAGGAAGGUCUUCUUGCUUUUGGAACAGAAGAUGGAAAAGUUGGUGUAGUUGAUGUUUUGUCCCAACAACCUCCUAUGAUCUCAAAUACUUACCACAUGAAACCUGUAUAUGCAAUGUCCUGGGGUCCGAAAUGUUACGCACAAUCUGCUGGAGUCACUCCUGCCAUUUCUAUGCAAUGUCUCUACACUUGUGGUGGAGAAGGAGUAGUUUUAAUGCAUCCCUCUGUGAAAAUGGACCAAGAAGCUGUGAAUGUGAAUGAAAUAAUUUUAUCAAACAACAGUUGCAUUGAUUUGACUUUGACUUCGAAUAAAAGCGAAAUUUCAUGGAGACCUGACGGGGAAUUCGUUGCUAUUGGAAACGAUGACGGGUCCUUUGAUAUUUGCAGAGCUCCGUUUUUAUAUAUUAUCACUCGAGUAAAAGUUCAUAACAAAAUAAUAAACUGCUUAGCUUGGCACACAGCUAACGAGACUGAGUCAAAAUAUUGGAUUGCAUCGGGCUCCAACUCUUCUGUUAUUUACAUCAACAAUUUGAACCAUGUUCUCAACCAGCAGGUGGCAGCAGGGGAACAUGAAAAAGGUGAUGGCAUACGUGGCAUACCUGUGGUCACUCAACCAUUUCGAACACUCACGGGACAUUGUGGUCGUAUCACGAGUUUAUCAUGGAAUCCUGACUCACAAAACCAACUCGUGUCCGCUUCAUACGAUGGAACAGCACAGGUUUGGGAUGUUUUAGAUGAGGAGCCCGUCUCCAACUACAGAGGACAUGAUGGGAGGUUGCUCUGUGUCGUCUGGAGAAGAAAGAUGGAUGAAGAUGAGAGGAGCGGAUUAAUUUACUCUGGAGCAGAUGACUACGCAGUCCACGUGUGGAAGAUGGAGGACCAAAAAGAUAAAGUUCCUCCAAAAGAUAAAAUUAUGGUGGGUUACACACAAAAGCAGAGUGCCCAAUGGAAGAAAAAAAACAAAAAGAAGAAAAGUAACAGAAAUAAUGACCCACUGCCUUCACCACAGCCAGCUUCCACGCCUUAUGUAAACGGGUUAGCUCCUGAUGUAAAACCCACUAUAGAUUCCGACAUAGAAGUAAUGCUGGAACGUAGAAAAGCUGAACUACUUGCUGAGAUGAAUCUUGACACCAAACAAGAUACUGAAGACCAUUCUUUUACACCCAGAAAAGAUCAGGAUAACGAAGAAAUAGAGAAUGAAAUUACAAAUGUUGUAUCUUCUCCCACUGAUGCGGCUAUGCGUGAAAUUCUGAGCGAUUUAACGGAAAAAAGAAUAAAAGCGGCAACACUGGAAGCGACAACACUGCAGGAUAAUGCUGGCAACAGCAAACGACGACAAAUCAAAAACAUUUUUCCACUUUCAGUUGCCAUGGACAACAAGAAAAAGAUAUUUUUACAAAAAGAUUGCAUUGAAAUCACGAAACACAAGAAAGAUCCUGAAAACCACAAAGUUACGAUCACAGAUGCAAGCAAUGUUAACAUGGGGUUUUACACUGAUAGAUUAGCAGCAUACAGAAUGAUGCAUCAGGAAGAUCUACAUUUAAGAGAAACCAAAUAUUUUAAUUCAAGUAGCAUGCUUAAACUAUGGAGAGGAGAUAUUGUUGGAAUGAUUGAAUCGGCGAUUGAACAAAAUGAUUUAUCUGAUCAACUCGUGUCCAUGGCUCCCAUGGCUGGGUAUGAUUUGUGGCAGAAAGCUUCACUUGCAUAUGCACAACAACUACAAGGUGAAGGUUGUUACAUCCAUGCUUCACAAUACUUGAUCGCAUGUGAUAAGAUAGAGGAAGCUAUCAUCUUGCUAAGAAACCACAAACAUUAUCGUGAAGCUGUAGCACUUGCUCGUGCUCGAUUAACUGAUGACGACCCAAUCUUGAUCGACACUUUAAAAAUUUGGGCCAAAAAGCUACAAUAUGGGGGUUCGUACGAACACGCAGCAAAAUGUUUCGCCGCCAUCGGAGAUCAUGUGUCGGCUGCGAAGAGUCUUUCUUCUCGUGCCGCAUCCAAGUCUUCUCUGGGAAGAGACGAGCUUCAAUCGCUCUUUGCCUCAUCCUCAGUUGCUGCUGCAGCGGAUGAUAAAUCAACAUCCCAGGAGUUUGCAAAACAAGCGAUCACGUCUGUUUGUUUAACCACUGGGCAGUGGAAAGGAGCAAAUGAAGCUGUGGAAUUAUUCUUACCACAAAUGAACAUAUAUCGUGUUAUCCUGCUCAUACAUCAAUACUUGGUGGGAGAAAUACUGAAACAGGAUCCGAAGUUUCUUUCAUCAUUUUCUGAAGCAGAAUUGAUUGAAAGCAAUAAUGGUAUGGUCCCAACCAGUUUACUACAGAAUGUUUUGGGACCAAAUGUGGAUUGGUAUUUGUUAGUGAAUGAGUUAUAUGACUUUGUAUGUUCAUGUGACUUUCAAACCGCAUCUUUAUUAACAACAAAGCAGUUAGUGUACCAGUUUUGCUUGUACUACUCUACCCUGUUACUCUGUGUUGUUAUAAAAACAAGCCAAUUGAAGCAAAAUAACAUUGAUUGCGGCGGCGAUGGAGACAAUGAAUCAAAUAUUGCGAGAAAAAAAUCUAAAAUGAAUGACAUUUUUGGAAAAUGUUUCGAAAAUUCAAAAAUAUUUCUGGAGAAUUCAAAUUUGUCAAUUGUUAAUGUUGAACUACAGAAAUGUUUAAAUUUUGUUGAUGAUUCUUCACAUAAUGGACAGGAUGUUUGUAAAACAAGUUUACAAAAUUCUUAACUACUGCCGGUACAUUAAUAUAGUACUGGUAAAGUUUACUGUUAAGUUUCAAGUACAUUCAGUUGAUUGGAACUAAGUUUUUAUACACACUGCCAUUUUUUCUGUUUCUGUAAGUUCCUGCAGUCGAAAGCGUACGUACAAAUAAAUCGUGGCCAUUAAGU